GCUGUCAACUUUCACCAUGCAGUUGGCAAUGCUGAGGCAAGUAACACGCUCCAGUGUACACAAGCCAUAUUAUGCUCGACACUACGCAACUUCUCAGUCUAAACGCACAGUCGGUGGACUAAACUUCGGCGACAUCGAGAAGAAAUGGCAGAAACGCUGGGCGGAAUCCGCGCCUACCCCACCAAUGACAACCGGAAAGAGCUUUUACGUCUUGUCCAUGUUCCCAUACCCAAGUGGCAUACUGCACAUGGGCCAUGUUCGAGUAUACACCAUUAGCGAUACUGUCAGCAGGUUUAGAAAGAUGGCAGGAUACGAUGUGAUACACCCCAUGGGAUGGGAUGCUUUUGGUUUGCCAGCCGAAAAUGCUGCAAUUGAGAGAAAUAUUCAUCCGGCAAAGUGGACCAAAGACAAUAUCACAACCAUGAAGCGCCAAAUGAAGAGAUUGUCGUUAGACAUGGAUUGGUCUAGGGAAUUGGCGACAUGCGAUCCCGAAUACUACAAGUGGACACAAUACUUUUUCUUGCAAUUUCAUAAAGCAGGAUUGGCAUACCAGAAGGAGGCGACGGUCAAUUGGGAUCCCGUAGAUCAAACAGUUUUGGCUAACGAACAGGUCGAUGCCGAAGGAAAGUCGUGGCGCUCUGGAGCAUUGGUGGAGAGAAAGAAGCUGAAGCAAUGGUUUUUCAAGAUUACAGAUUUUGCAGAGCCAUUGCUUGAAGAUCUUAAAGUGCUCGAGCACUGGCCGGACCGUGUAAAGCAGAUGCAACAUAACUGGAUUGGUAAAUCAACUGGAGCAAACUUCAAAUUCCAAGUGGAUGCCAAUGUGCCAGAAACUCUAAAGCAUGUCGAAGUGUUCACCAGCAGACCUGAUACGCUUCUUGGUGUACAGUAUUUGACCUUGGCUCCUGAACAUCCACUGAUAAAUUCAGAAUAUUUACCAAAGGAGCACUCAGGGAAGGUUACAGACUUUGUCGAAAGUUUGAAGAAAGUACAAAACAUGGAUGAAGCUGAAAAUAACAAGCAAGGUGUCUUCACUGGCUUGUAUGCUCAACACCCGCUGACCAGCGAGCAAUUACCCAUCUACGUUGCUCCGUACGUCAUCUCAGAUUACGGUACAGGUGCUGUUAUGGCUGUUCCAGCUCACGAUAAGCGGGAUUGGGAAUUUGCCAAGGCCAAUAACAUUGUGGAUGAGAUCAAAUUUGUUGUUGAUCCUUUGGUGCAAGAAGAAGGAGCUGUAAGCGAUCGUUCAGAGCCGUUUUUAGGAAACGGUGUUUUGAAUGCUGCCUCUGGAAAAUACCAAGGUAUGAGAUCUAAUGAAGCUAUGGCUGCUGUGGUCGCCGACGCAAAGGAGAACAACUUUGGUGAGUCGGCUGUUCAAUACCGCCUGAGAGAUUGGCUCUUGUCUCGACAACGCUAUUGGGGAGCUCCUAUUCCAAUCAUACAUUGUCCAAGCUGCAAAGUGGUACCAGUGCCUGAGGCAGACCUUCCAGUUCACCUCCCUCUCGAUAUCGCAUUAGAAGGAAAAGGGGGAUCACCAUUACAAAAAGUAGAAGACUGGGUGAACUGCAAAUGUCCAAAAUGUAAUGGACCGGCCAAGCGUGAUACGGAUACCAUGGAUACUUUUGUCGAUUCUUCAUGGUACUACAUGCGAUACGUCGAUCCUCAUAACCAGAACCUUCCGUUCGAUCAUGACAAGGCUACUGAGAGACUACCUGUUGAUGUGUACAUCGGUGGUGUUGAGCAUGCCAUUUUGCAUUUGCUGUACUCUCGCUUUUUCUCAAAGUUCCUACUGAAACAAGGAUUUUAUGCGGAAAAACCAGAAGCCAGUGGCAACAGAGGAGAGCCCUUCAAAGUUCUGUUAACACAGGGCAUGGUUCAGGGCAAAACGUUCAAGGAUCCGGUUAGUCAGCGCUUCCUAAAGCCAGAGGAAGUCGAUUCAUCAGACCCUAAGAAUCCCAAGAUCAUUAGUAGUGGAGAGACGCCGCUAAUGUCCUAUGAGAAGAUGUCCAAGAGUAAAUACAAUGGAGUCGACCCUACAGCGAUAACGGAAAACCAUGGCGUGGACCCAACUAGACUUCAUAUACUUUACAAAGCACCUCCGUCCGAGGCUUUGGAGUGGGACGAUGUUAGCAUUGUUGGUAUGCAACGAUGGUUGGCGAAAUUACACAAGCUAGCUGUCAGUGCUGGCAAUGAAGCUCCACACGUUUUUGAAGCUGACACCAUAGAUAUGAGCACAAUGAAUAACGAAGAAAAGAAGGUCUACCGAUUCACACAUAAUACCAUUCAGCAAGUGACAGACGCUCUCUCCACAUCGUUUGGAUUUAACACCGCCAUUGCAGAUUUGAUCAAGCUGUCCAAUUUCAUUAGCUCCAGCGCUAUCAGUCCUGCCACACCUACUUACAGACACGCCGUGGAAAGUUUGGUGAAGAUGGUGGCUCCUAUGGCGCCAAAUAUUGCAGAAGAAAGUUGGGAAGCAUUAGGAGGAGAUCAUACAAAGCAAAGUAGUGUAUUUUCACAACGCUGGCCGUCAUUGGAUCAGAGAGCUUUGGUAGCUGAUGAAUUGAAAUGUGUUGUUCAAAUUAAUGGCAAGACCAGAUACACUGUCAAUAUCCCUGCGGAUUUAGCUCAGGAUCAAAGCAAAGUAGAGGAGUUUGCAAAGCAAUCGCCCCAGAGUGACAAGUGGUUGGCAGGCAAGAACGUGCACAGAGUUAUUAUGGCAAAGGGUGGAAAGCUGGUCAACUUCCUUGUAAAAUAAUUUUUAUGCUGCUCGUUUGGAGCAGAUAUCAAUAUGGAAGACAUAAUUGA